AUGUUCAAUGCGCCAACGUUCGCGAGCGCAUCCAUCCCGGGUGUAUUUUCAGGCGAGCGCAUCCAUCCCGGGUCUAUUUUCAGCCCUGUCACCCGAUCCAGGGCAGUUCUACAUGCCCUACACCUAGCUAGCACUUUCGCUUGUAAUGUUGUGGGCGUCAAUACCCUUCGUGAAGCUGGUUCAAGGGCUGGAUCCCUUGCUCUACUGCAUGUAACUCCGCUGUUCUUUGGUCAACAAUUCAGCCUAGCUGCUGAGCUCCUUGGAGUGUCUCUCAAAGCAUACCGCCUUCUUCAUAAAGCCUUCGGUAUUAUGGCUGUUGUACAGUCAACUCUGCACGUGAUAAUCUCUGGUUGGGAUAGAGUGUUUGAUCUUGGUGACCGCGCGUUUCGUUACGGUUUUGUGGCUGCUGUGGCACUCGCGGUACUUUUUGUGAUUGUGCAACCAUGGAUUCGCUCGUUGGCGUAUGAUCUUUACAUCCCUAGCCAUAUCCUUCUCAGUAUUGCUACUUUGAUCAUGGUGUGGCUCCAUUUAGGGCAGCCUAUCAAUUUUCGCGAGCUUCAUGCCAUUUGCAUGAUCCUUGCGGCGGGAUUAUUCUCCGGUACGACAGCUUUACAUAUAGUUCGCAUUGUCCUUCGCAAUAUGCCCUCGCCACUCGCUAUCGCAGAUGUAAUUAGGAAAGAUGGAGCCGUGGAGCUCACCUUUCGUCCCCCACGAGCUUGGAAGGUCCGCCCAGGGCAGCAUGUAUAUCUGCGUGUUCCGGCUGUGAGCUUCUGGUCCUUUACGCAAUCCCAUCCGUUCAACAUUAUCUGGAGUGAGGAUGGGCCAAAUGGCACUUCUGUCUCCGUAAUUGCUAAGGUGGAAAGUGGAUUCACACGAGCACUGGCCGGGGGCUCCCAUCGACGCCUUAGAGUCAUUGUGGAUGGGCCAUAUGAGAGUCUCGGGAUGGAUUUGUGGGAGGAUAUGUAUUCGUAUGAUGCGGUGGUAUUGUUCGCUACUGGAAUUGGAAUCACAGGCCAGCUUCUAUACGUCCGCGAACUGCUUCGACGCUUCAUAUCAGAGCAGAAGGCAAUGACUGAGCGGGGCGGUGGCGUCCGCAAACAUCGAAUCUCAGUGGUUUGGGAAGUAGAAGAGCAGUUGGGGAGAGAAAUCAUCCAGAAGGAUUCAGAAGCAUGUGGGGAAGGCAAACCCACAGACCGUUCUGGUAAGAGAGCUGCAAGAGUGGCCAACCAAGAUGCUUGUGACCGUGCUGCAGUCCGCGACGAGAUUCGCGAUAUCACCAUAUCUGAAAAAAGACUCCAUUUUCAAGAACUUGCGUUUCAGCCUUCUGAGGAUUCAGCUGGCUACUGGGCGCCUCAGAGGGCAUUAUUGUAG